ACUUGCAACUCCGCAUUCUACAGGCCGGGAAAAGAGGUGCAGUGUUAUCUAGAAGGGCAAGGAAGGUCUAGAUGAAAUAUGGCAUAUGCAACUGACCCAUCAAAAACAGUUAUUCCAGAUCAGGAGCAGAUCCUCCUGGAACCAUAUGAAUAUAUUUUACAGAUUCCAGGAAAAAAUGUUAGAACAAAAUUGGCAACUGCAUUCAAUCACUGGCUGCAUGUACCAAAGGAAAAACUUGAAAUAAUUAGUGAAGUUACACAGAUGCUACACAAUGCUAGUUUAUUAAUUGAUGAUAUAGAAGAUAAUUCCAAACUUAGAAGAGGCAUUCCAGUUGCUCAUAAUAUAUAUGGAGUAGCCCACACGAUCAAUUCAGCUAACUAUGUGUAUUUCUUGGGCUUGGAGAAAGUGCUGACACUCAACAAACCAGAGGCAAUGGCCGUCUUCACUGAGCAGUUAUUAGAACUCCACCAGGGUCAGGGACUUGAUAUAUACUGGAGAGAUGCAUAUGUUUGUCCUUCUGAAGAAGAAUAUAAAUCUAUGGUCAUUAAAAAGACUGGAGGCCUUUUUGGUCUUGCUGUUAGACUGAUGCAACUGUUUAGUGAAAAUAAAAGUAACUUUAAGCCUCUGCUGGACAAUCUGGGUCUCUAUUUCCAGAUCAGGGAUGACUUUGCCAACCUUUAUUCUAAAGAGUAUGAAGCCAAUAAGAGCUAUUGUGAAGAUCUGACUGAGGGAAAGUUUUCCUUCCCCCUGAUCCACGGUAUACGUAUCAACCCAAGAGACAAUCAGAUCAUGAGUAUAUUACGGCAGCGUACCACUGACAAUGAUGUGAAGAAGUAUUGCGUGGAAUAUUUGCACAGAGUGGGUUCUUUUGACUACACGAGGAAAGUUAUUCUAGACUUGGAACAACUUUUAUUGGAGCAAAUCAAAAGUUAUGGUGGAAACCCUUACUUGGAGAGCUUGAUCUCAGAACUCAGCAAACUGUACAGGAAUGGAGAUGAACAGAGUUGAUGAAGGAAAUCAAACUAUUAUUAAAUUAUUUCAGCAGGGAGCAAGUGCAAUAUCUGCAUCACAUACCCUCUGUCAGUCUUCAGUUCACUACCUCUUUGUGUCUGAAAAGGAGAGGCCAAGAAAUAAGUACUAAAAUGUCUUAUUGGCACAAAUGGAACCAAAAGUCACCAAAGCAACUGUUUAUUGGUAUAAAAGAAACAAAAUUUUGUGACAGAAUAUAACAGGUUUUAUAAUAAAGAACUGAAAAAAAAAGUAAUAUAUUUAUUUUACAAUGUAGGAUGAGAGCAUCCCAUACAAUUGAGGUACAUGUCUUCAUGAAAGGUACUCAUAGUGUUUAACUAAGGACCAAAUAUGCCAUUUUUACCUGUUGUACAGCCAAGCAGGUCUACAGAACAUAGAAUUAACCUUCUAAUAUUUUGCAAACUGAGGCCAAUACAACCUUCCACAGGUACUAUUAGGUUCAAAUCUUUUUCUUGUAAGACAGCAAGAUUGCCUUCAAAAAUUUUUCAACUUCAGCUAUUUUAGUUUUAACUCCAUAUUUACUAUUUACAGUUUUUUUAAAGUUAAAAACAAAAGUUUUCCAACUUCAACUAUUUUAGUUUCAACUUCAUAUUUUUUUAAAGUUAAAAAGUCAGUGAACACUUGACUUCAACAAUGAAGUCCUGUUAUCACUUUGUUAUCCUCUAAAAAUGGGUGGUAAGUACACAGGCCUACCCAAAUACCAGACUCAGCACUGAAUGAUCCUGAAUUCACCGGUAGAUCGGAUCACGCUACCUGUUUUCAAGGUGCAUAUCAGUACGCAUUUCACAGUAUCAUACCCUCAUUUUCCUCAAAUAAGAGUCGUAAGAAUACAACGAUAUGACAGGUGUAGCCGAUGAAAAAAAUCAAAUCAUUUUAGCAGGUAACGUCUGAUUUAUUUUUUUAACAGUAAAGCAAAUGAUUAUAUGUUAAAAUUGUUAUGACGAAUUUCUAGCUAAAGCAAAUGAUUAUAUGUUAAAAUUGUUAUGAUGAAUUUCUAGCUAAGUGAGAAUAUACACAUCUAUUUGUAUUUUCACAAGAAAAACUGCAUAACAUAGAUGGUUAUGUCCAAACCUAAACUUAAAUGUUAAAAAGUCACGGUAUUGUUUGAUUUAUUACAUAAAACAGGGAAAAAUAGCAGAAGUGCAUGAAUCUUGAUGAGACGCACUACUUUCCAAUCCCACUCAGAAUCAUUGCUAUCACAUUGUGUACCAGGCAAGAUGGUGUCGUGUCUGAUACUUCGAAGUGCAUACUGAUACACACCAUGAAAACGGAUAGCAUUAUCCGAUCUAAUGGUGAAUUUUGGACCCUUUGGUGCCAAGUCUGGUAGUUGGGUAGGUCUAGUACAAUAAAAUGUGGUUAUUCAGAACUAUCUUAAAAUAGAGACUGAACAUAUAUCAUGUCACCAAUUCAGAAUUUGGUCUUCUUGUCUAGUCUUUCUAAAAUACAGCAAAAUGUGAACUAAAAUUUUGUAACAUAUUUGGAAUGAUAAUUUUGAUCCUAAUAUACCAAACUUGCAAUAUAUUAUUAAAAUGGUUUUCAUGUUUAAGUUUUAAGAUAUUGUUUACAAUUCAGCAUUAUUUUUAAUGUAAUAUUCAAGUAUACCUUAUCAUAUGUUAUCUGUUGCAAUAAACAGAUUUUGAUUGUCA